CUGAUUUCUGGAUCCUGUGAUUUUCCCAUAGAAUGGAGGCUCUACAAAGGCAGUGCUGGUUACUGCAGUAUGUACCGGGGUGAAGUUUGUCGUGGGCUGUUGAGACGUUCCGCACUCGUCUUCUUUAACUCUUCUCUGCCGGAUCCUGAGCAAGCUCAGGAGUUCCUGGCGCAUGCAGGCUGGGCGGAGCUGGAGGGAACAAGCCCGCUGUGCCAGCCUGCAGCUCGCUCACUGCUCUGCCAUGCUGCCUUCCAGGACUGCAGCCCAUCAGGCCUCGGGCCAGCACCCAAACCUGUCUGCAGGGAGCACUGUCUGGCUGUAAAGGAGCUCUAUUGUUAUAAAGAAUGGCACUUGAUGGAGGAGAGGAAUCACAGAGGAGUCGUUUCUCCAAGCCUGAGCCUCACUUUACCAGACUGUGAGACUCUGCCCAGUCUGCAGGCAGAUCCUGCGACAUGCACCGCCGUAGCAUAUGUAGAGAUGAAGAAAGACCAAAUCACAACAACGUGCUAUGAUGAUAGCGGAAGGUUUUAUCAAGGCAAUCACAAUGUCACAGCAUCUGGUGUUCCUUGCCAGCGAUGGGACCAGCAGGAUCCUCAUCCUCACAAGCUCUCUGUGGACGUCAUCCCAGAGCUGAAGAAUGCUGAGAACUACUGCCGCAAUCCGGGAGGGGAGAGCGACCGGCCGUGGUGCUACUCCACCAACCCCAGUAUACGCUGGGAGUAUUGCCUUGUGCCCAAAUGUGUAGAAGAAGUUACCAGUGUGAGAGUUCUGCCUGCUCCAAAACUGGCCCCUUCAAACACCAUGCCUGUGGUGUCCACCGGCUACUACAUGAGCAUCAUCAUAGUCAUCAUGGCUGGAUUUGCAGGUGUAGCGUUCUUCACCAUCAUUCUGCUCAUGUGUCUCAAGAGACGAAAAAGGUGGAAGCGUCGAAAAAGCAGGACCAUGGAGGUGCCGACUCUCACCACCCUCCCUUCUGAGCUGCUGUUAGACAGGCUGCACCCGAACCCCAUGUACCAGCGCCUUCCCCUGCUGCUCAACUCCAAGCUACUGAUGCUCGAGUACCCGCGUAAUAACAUUGAAUACGUGCGCGACAUCGGAGAAGGGGCCUUCGGACGGGUGUUUCAGGCAAGGGCUCCUGGGCUGUUACCACAUGAAGCUUUCACCAUGGUGGCUGUAAAGAUGCUAAAGGAGGAGGCCUCGGCUGACAUGCAGAAUGACUUCCAGAGAGAGGCAGCUCUCAUGGCAGAGUUUGAUCACCCCAACAUUGUCCGGCUGCUGGGUGUGUGUGCUGUCGGGAAGCCCAUGUGUUUGAUGUUUGAGUACAUGGCACAUGGAGACCUAAACGAGUACCUGCGGCGACAUUCUCCAGUCCAACAGCGCACCCUGAGCCAGGGAAGUCUGACGUGGCCCAAUUCUCAGUCCUCCGAGCCAGACCCAUGUCCACUCAGCUGCCUGGAUCAGCUUUCAGUUUCCAAGCAGGUGGCGGCAGGCAUGGCGUACCUGUCUGAGCGCAAAUUCGUGCACCGCGACUUAGCCACACGGAACUGCCUUGUAGGAGAGGACCUGGUGGUAAAGAUUGCGGACUUUGGCCUGUCGCGGAACAUCUACGCUGCCGACUACUACAAGGCAAGUGAGAAUGAUGCCAUUCCUAUCCGCUGGAUGCCACCCGAGUCCAUCUUCUAUAACCGAUACACCACUGAAUCAGACGUCUGGGCGUAUGGAGUGGUGCUUUGGGAGAUCUUUUCGCAUGGUAUGCAGCCGUACUAUGGGAUGGCACACGAGGAGGUGAUAUACUAUGUCAGGGAUGGUCAUGUGCUGCUAUGCCCAGAACAGUGUCCACUGGAACUUUAUAACCUGAUGCGUUUGUGUUGGAGCACGAACCCAGGCGACCGACCCAGCUUUGCCAGCAUUCACCGCAUUCUGGAGAGGAUGCAUAACCAAGUGCUUCAUUCUAGCAUGAACUGAUGAUGUCUCCUGAUCAACAGCAAAGAAAGCUCAAACGCAAUCAUAAUCAUUGAGGAACAAGUUAUCCUCUGACUUUAACCAAUCUGAGGUUGACUGUUAGUUGUACUGACGGAUGUAAACUCUGCUUGUGAAUACAGCCUUUGUAUAUACAGACCAGGUGGGAUAAAUCAGAAGUUUUAUAUUCAAAAGACAGUACGGUCCAAAUUCCUGAGUUCACUACCAAUAAUAUUCUUUUUCAAAUAUUUCUCAGUUACCUAUAAUUCUCCAUGAUGGCACAGUAGGCACUGCCACAAAACAGGUCCAGGAUCCCCUAAAUGAUCCCCAGAUGUGUGGAAUACCAAAUGUUUUUGUGUUCUCCGUGUUUCUCCAACCACUAAAAUACCGAUUUGGCUAUGCUAAAUUGCUCCAAACCAUGGACGCUUGUGGGAAUGUGUGUGUUCAUGAUGCCCGGUAUUUUAGAGAGACUGGAAUGACCAGGGUGUAUAUUCCUGCCUCAUUUCCAGUGUUCCCAGGAUAUGCUCCAGAUCCACAAAUACCAUGAUGAAGCUGUUAGUAAAGAUGAAUGCAUAAAUAAGGGGAUGAUCCUUAAAUAUUGACUGGAUGAUAAAACUACAUAAUAUUAUCAUAAAUAUAGGAUGGCAAGACGUAAACAAUGCACAAAUUACUACAUCAAAAUUAGAACGAACUAAUAUACUAAUUUAAUUGGAUGUUUGGUUUGGAUUUGAUUUGAAUGUGUUUUGGCUCAUUUAAAAGGAAACCAUCUUGUGUUUACAAUCUUUUUCUCUCUUUUCAUAGCAGAUUAAUUUUGGGCAUGGCCUUCACCCUGCCUCCUCCAGGGGUGCCAUUUCAUGACUGACCCUCGACUUUGACCCUAAUUUCCUAAGAAGGGAAUGUGCAAAGAGAAUAUCUAUGAUGUACUGUAAAAUACAGUGUAAAGCUUUCUUCACAUUCUUGUCAUUUGGUCAAAUUUUGCAAGGCCAUGCUGACUAGCCUUAUAUAAUAUAAUAAUGAAUAGAAAACUAAUAUAUAUGUUACAAAAAAAGGCAUAUUUUUGUUUAAAAAGGAUUAUAAUUUUUGUCAUUUUAUGGUAUUUAAAUCUUCAUUAAGUAUAAAAAAUUAUAUUAAUAUUAAUAAUUAUUAUGAUUAUACAUUAGUAGUCUACACAGGUACACAUUGUACAGUUUUACAAGAAAAUUGACUGGUAAGUUUUACUGAGCCACAGCUCUUUUCCAUAAAAAACCCAGCAUCAUUCAUUAGUUGUUUUUUUUUUGUCUGUCUGUCUGAACAUUAAAUGCUUUUUGUACAAUUAAAUUUAACAAAAGUCAAGGGGGCCUAGACUUUUGCACAGUACCGUAUGUGUAUCAAACUGUCAUUUCUGUAAAAUGACUUGUCGGUUUCUGUUAAAUAAUGACAUAAAACAGUCCACUUGGUGGUGAACUCAGAUUUUUGGACUCCACUGUAGGUCAUUGUGAUACCAUUGGAAUUUGCACAGGAACUGGUGCAACACCAGCGUCUGCUCAUUGUACUUGUCAACCAGUCAAGCGCCAAGUCAUAGCUCAAACAUGUGUCUGAGGAGUAAGUGAUAUUUCCCUUGAUCGUUGGCCUUGUAAAAUGAAACUAAGCGAACCUUUUACAUUUUUGAUAUAUGUUCUUGAUUGUGUGUGCAUUCUGAUAUUACUGAGUAAUAGUUUAUACCCCUCUUUUGAUGCUAUGUGUUUUUUUUUUGUGAGAAAAAAACAUGAUAAAAAUCGUCUGAUCGUUGCCGA